AUAUGACAACCAAAGCCCACUGGCCCAGUGGGUUUGCUGUCCACUGGCUUAGUGGGCCGGAUGGUGACGGUAAGAUGAUUAGCUAGGCGUUCUAUAUUUAUCUGCAGGACCCCACCAUUGUGACUGUAAUAAAGUCAAUUUGCACAAGCUAGCCUAGAAGGGGAGCUCCGUGUUGCCUGGCCCUAGUUGCCACCGAUUGCCCCCAGUUGUUGCAAGAGCGAGCUUGCUGUGUGUGCAGCUUUACUGGCAGGCCAGGCCCGCUCAGGAAUGGACAUUGAGGAAGAGCACGAGGGCUACGGCGAGGAGUUGGGCGAGGGGGAGGAGUAUGAGGGUGAAGAAGAGGCGGAGGGCGAGAUGGACACAGAAGACGAGGAGUACAACCUUACGCAUUUUGGCAUCUCGCAAGCACUGCCGGUGCCCGAGGGGCCUCCUGACUUCAGUGCAGGCCCGCCUCAAACGGCCGAGGAGUACCUGCAGUGGGUGCGCUACGAAGCGGCGCAGUGUCCUCGCGUGACGCGCAAAGACGUGGAUCCAGAAAAGCUGGCUUCCUCCAAGCGCCAGGCCCAGGACCAGAAUCCGGAUUCAGCUGAUGCGGCGGGCGACGGCACCUCGGAACCUGGAUCCAGCGGGGCCGCGGCUUCGGGUGAUGGGGCUGGCGGCGGCGGCGGCGGUGGCGGCAGCGGCGGUGGGGCGAGCCGGGGCCGCCGGCGCGGCACGGCGUUUGCGGCGCAGGUGCCUCCGCCGGUGGAUGCAGAGUGCCAGGACUGGGCACGGCCCAACCCCAAGUGGCUGACUGUGUUCCUGCAGGACUUUGCGCGGCUGCGGCAGGCGCUGGCGGCCAUGCGGCGGUCUCACGUGCAAGAGCUGUCGGCCACUGAGCUGCCCCACCUCGACAACGUGCGCGCCUGGGACCGCCUGUGCUUCGAGCAGUGGCAGUCGCUGGAGCAGCAGGAGCAGGGGCAAGGGCAGCAGCAAACAGGACAAACCGCUGGAGGCGCAGGAAGUGGGACAGGCGGAGGCGGUGACGGGCGGGGGACAGCAGCUGGAGGAGUGGGUGGGAACGGGGAGGAGGAGCAGGAGGAGGAGGAGGACGCGGGCCCGCCGCCGCCGCCACCGACGUCAUCCCCGCCGCCUGGCGCUGGGGGGCAGAGUGGCGCUGGUGGGCACGGUGGCGGCGGCGGCGGUGGCGAGACGGACCGGCUGUGUGGCCCGGUGGUGCGCACCGUGCUGGCUAUGGACCAGGUGGCGGUGGGCUGCCUCCUGCAGCGCCACGUGGCACAGCUCUCCGCAUUGCCCCUGCCCUCCCCACCACCCCGACCACCCGCACCCGCGCCCGCGCCCGCACCGGCCGACGGCAGCAGCAGUAACAGCGGCACCCCCAGCGGCGCGGCCAACGGCAGCAGCAGCCGUGGCAGUAGCAGAAGCAGCAGUAGCACGGCUCUGAGCUACAUGCGCUGCCAGUGGCUGUUUGCGCUUGCGGCGGUGCUGGAGCGGCCGGUGCCGCCCGACGUGUCCGCGGCACUGCGCGAGCUUGUGCGCCGCUGCUGUGCGCUGCGCGCCGGCCUGUCCCGUUCCGACGACCCCUCCCUGCCCCGGCUCAACGUGCUGCUGGCGGUGGCGGGCGGCUACUUCGGCCAGGACGAGCACCUCAGCGGUGCGGCGGCGGCGGCGGGGCUGGCAGACCUGGCGUGAGGGGUGCUGUGGCGUGUGUGUGUGUGGGGGGGGGUUGAGGUGUGGUGGUGGAGGCUGAGGUGGUGGUGUGGGGGUGAGGUGGUGGUGAUGAUGUCACGUGUUGAUGACGCGUGGGCUGUUUGUGGUUUGUGGUUGGUGACGGUGUACAUAUGACGAUGACCGUGUUGUUGCUUUGGUCCUGGUGCUGUGCGCUUAGGCGCGGCCUCACGCCCCAACGCCAGGCCCUGCGGCCUGCGUUGCUUGGGCACUAGGGGCGUGUGCACACGCUGGGUGGGACUGUGGGAGUCGUUGUCAGCUCUCUGUGCCCUAGCCUGACGUAGCGUAGCUGAGAUGGUUCGUGGACUCAGUUACUGCGCAUGCGGGAUACAAGGGUGGUGCUUGUGUAGUGGCGCCUGAGGGAGGCCUGUAGUUGGUUACGGGCGGGGUGGUGCCGUAGUGCGAUGGUGGGAUGGGCAGCUGUGACUCG